GGGUUUUGUACUUUUGUUAACCGAUCGAAAACCGGUUUUGGUUGAUAAUUUUAAAUCGGUUUUGGUAAAUCCGGUCGGUUCGGUGCUUAGCCAGUUAGCCUUGCGCCCCAAGUCCAAAAAUAUCUAAUCAAUAUAUAAAUACAAGUAUAUGGAUGUGAGUCAUGAAUGAGACUAAAGUUCUAAACUAACCCUAACAUAUCAACUCCCAUCCCUUAUUGAGAAACCGAUUGCACUUCGUUCCCAGCUAGCGCUGUCUCUCGUCUCCUUGCCGCCGCCUCGCCUGCCUCUCUCUCUAGGCUUCUCUCAUUCAUCAGCCGAUUGCGCGACCUUGUUCCGCUGGAAUUUAGGAUUUAGGAUUUGAUCGUUUGUUGUUCCUCGUCCUGUGCCUUAUCAUUUGCUAUGGCAACAAGAUUGCAGUAUGAGAAUAAUUGUGAUAUUGGGGUUUUCUCCAAGCUUACCAAUGCAUAUUGUCUGGUUGCGAUUGGGGGUUCGGAGAACUUCUACAGCACAUUUGAGGCUGAGUUGGCUGGUGUAAUUCCUGUGGUCAAAGCCUCCAUUGCUGGUACUAGAAUCGUCGGACGCCUUUGUGCUGGAAAUAAGAAUGGUUUGCUUUUGCCUCACAAUACUACGGAUCAAGAGCUUCAACACUUAAGGAACAGUCUCCCAGAUUCAGUUGUUGUUCAGCGAAUUGAGGAGAGAUUAAACUCUCUAGGGAACUGCAUUUCUUGCAAUGAUCAUGUGGCUCUUUCACAUCCUGACCUUGACAAGGAAACCGAGGAAUUGAUUGCAGAUGUGCUUGGUGUGGAAGUUUUCCGUCAAACUGUAGCAGGCAAUAUUCUUGUCGGCAGUUAUUGUGCCUUUUCCAACAGAGGUGGCUUGGUUCAUCCUCAUACAUCUAUAGAAGAUCUGGACGAACUCUCGACACUCCUUCAAGUUCCUUUGGUAGCUGGGACUGUGAAUCGUGGUAGCGACGUGAUAGGUGCUGGCAUGACAGUCAAUGACUGGACAGCUUUCUGUGGAUCAGACACGACUGCUACUGAGUUGUCUGUCAUCGAGAGUGUGUUUAAGUUGAGAGACGGUAAACCUGGUGGUCUGGUCGAUGAAAUGAGAAAAUCAUUGAUCGACACCUAUGUGUAAGAACACAUCUUUUGUGUCUCUGAAGCUACAACUUGGUUGGACUAAACCUAUGACCUGAUUUCGUUUGUGUGUGAUGUGGAGAACCGUCUUUUCCUUGUUAUGAUACGAUAUAAUCUAUCGAUAUAUGUCAGCUGCUUUUUUUAUGUGCAUGCCAGUUUUCAAAGUUGUGGCGUUUGAUUGUGAUGAAUUACUUCGUUGAAUUCAGAAAGCUUUUAGGUUUA